GACUCUACAGUGCUCUGCAGUCAACCUCUGGACAUCCACCUGCGAGGACGGAGGUGUACGACCCCAUAUCCGGUGUAGUGAGACAUGACCGGCAUUUGAGAUUCGUGCACCCGUUUUUUCCCUUUUUCUUUUUUUUUUUCGUCUCUAUUAUCUUUUCAUUAAUAAUUGCAAUCGAAUUCGUUUAAUGUUACGUAGAGUUUGACGAUCUUUUUGUUAAAAAGGGAGUGAGAAUUCGGGAGAACACGUUGUGUUUACUGGAUAGACUCUCCCUCUCUCUAUUUUUUUCAAGAUGCAUAAAUAUUAUUUCGGAUUAUUUCUAAUUAUUAUCGCGAUGUGUGCCAAAGUGUACACCGCGAAAAAGUGCGAAGGAAAUGGCCUAGGAUUGAAGUAUGUAUGGGGGGAUGCAUUAACAGACUCGCUAGAUUGCAUAGGACCUAAUAAUGUGCAAUAUCCUACAGCCGCGAUAUUGAGAACCUUUAAAAAUCUUUGGGCAAAUGGUCGAACCGCUAGAUAUCAUCAGUCUCAAACUACCGAUCCCAAAAUAACGAGACAAGCCCUUCUUCAUAAUUACAAACUCGCACAGGGAGAUUUCUCAAUAACGGGACAUGCACGAAAUGGACGAGGCUUUUCUGCAAAGGAAAGCUGCGGCUCUCCAAGCAGACUCUGUAAAACAAGGUAUAACACCACAGCACCUAUGUAUGGUGUCAGUUUGACGAGUGGUCAACCAGUGACAAUCGUACAAAAGUUUCCUGAUCUUCUUCAGCAAGUCGUAUUCGAAGUCUGCGAAUCGAAAGAAUGCGAUGUAGUCCAUGGUGAAUGCACCCAAACAUAUGUGCCUUACUUGUUUUUGGUGAUUCCUUUGGGGCCGGUGACCCUAACCGGUCAGGAUUACGUGCUGGUUGAGAGUGGUUGCGUCUGUAAGCCAAGGAAUUUGGCGAGUACAGCAUCCGAAGCGCCUGUUGUGCCAAGCUUCUAAGAAGCAUUUCUAAUUCAGAUAUGAAACGUUGAUGAUAAUGUCCAAUAAUUUCUUCGAUGAAGUUCUCUAAAAUUAAAGGGAGAAACACGAAGAAGGAUGAGACAUGAGGAGAUAUAAUAUGAAUAUUGUGACGAUGUAAAUGAAAAUUUAAAGGACCGACUCGUCGAUCGAAAUAGUGAACUUUUUCAGGCGAUCGUCGAAAUUAUAGGAAAAUGUGUUUGAUGGCAAACAAAAAAUAUGUACGCAAUACGCAUACUGUAUAAAGAAGUUCAAAUUUAACGUAAUUAAUUAAUAUUAACAAAAUGUUUAACUUGUAAGAAAAUAUGAUUAAUCUAUGUAAAACUAUUACAAAAUUAUCACGAGACUUUUAUGUUUUGUUGAUAAGGAUAUACAAAUCGUUUCUUCGCUCCUAUUAUUUAUAUAUAUUGUAAUAAGUAAAAAAAAAUUAUUUUUAUCGUAUUAAUGUGUCUUGGAAAAAAAAUGUCAUAUUAUUUUUCGAAGUCAUAUAUAAAAGUAGUUGAAGAGUAAAGCAAUGAUAUUGUGGUAGUUUAAAAAAGUAAAUUGGAGCAAGCGACGAGGUCCGCGGAAUCUGGUCUCGGAAUUCACAAUCCAGUUCACUAGACUCGCCUCGAGCCGGUUUUAAGCAGGUGUAUCGUAGAAUUCAACGAUCUCGUAUAAUCGAAGUAUUCUUCAUGGAAAACGGGGUGUAAUUCUAACCGUAACUUUCACAUUAUUUUGUUUUUAAUAGUCGUUAGAAUCUAAACGAUUAAUUUUGAUAUAUUCAUGUUCGGAAUAUAUAUUUCAAAUCAAGUUUGAAAAAGAGAGCAUGUUGCAUCGAUAACUUUCAUUGGUCGAUAAAGAACACGUAGCUAAAUGGUCUUAUCGAUAGUGUAAAGAACCACUUUCGAAUCUUGUCCUUCUUGAGGAAAAG